AUGCACGAGCCUGUGGCAGAGAUGCCCUUCUCAGUCCGCUUCGGCGUCACUGGGAGCGUGCUGGCCCUGGGCUUCGUCAUGAUAUUCAUAUCGCCGUUCGAUGAGGUGCCACUUUUCCGCGAGCCUUGCUACCCCAUCUUCACGAAGGGCUUGCUGUCGCCAUUUACGGGUUUGCUCAUCCUGGGCCUCUGUAACGAGGCAGAUCCCUUGGCCAGACUUGCUGCAAGAGGAUCGCUACACUGGGUCGGGAAGCUCUCCCUCUCUAUGUACUUGCUGGCUCUGCCUGUCCACAUCGUCGUCGAGUCAGUGACAGGUUCUCAGGAAUACACAGAAGCAGGUCCGGCUUUCCUGGUCUUAGCUGGACAUUUCUUGGUCAGUGGUGGGGCACUUCUUGAUCGAGAUCCCUUCGCCACUCAGCUUCUCACCAGCUUGCUUUUGCAUUGCGCAGAGUCGGCCCAGACUUUGCAGCUUGCAUCCAGGCGAAAGUUUGCUGACAUCCUCGCCCGCACGUUGGCGCAGAGGGCCUGGAUCACAAGUGAGGCCUUCCAGACCAAGUUUGGUGAGCCCAACUGGUCAGCUAUUCCUGCACCGUUUGUGCUUAUGCUUUUGGCCGCCCACCCAACAUUGGGCAUCGCAACAACACAAACGGAGCUUCUUCUACCGAACGGGCGAAAAGAGCAACCGAAGAUCUGGGACAUUUGCCACCGCCCAGAGGGUCAGUGCCUGAGUUCCGUGAAAGGAAACGAGGAACUAAUCGAAUCGUUGCAGCUAAACAUGGUCAGCCUGGACUUUCUUGACAAGUUGACAUUGAAGAUGUGGAAGCGGGCCGAGGUUCUACAAGAGUUCCUUGUCAAGCAGGAAGGUUCCACGCUUCGAGCAUGGAUACACAAGCUCGACCCGGAUCACGAGCACAGAGUGUCAGAGAUGUACUUCGUCCGAUACAUGCGGGAGCAAGGGUUUGCCUACGAUGUUGGGGAGCUGUACCAAGCACUGGACCUCGACCGUGGUGGGGAGCUGACCUUGGAAGAGCUCGAUCCCAGAGCUGACCAACUCUUUGACCUUUUCCGCACCUGGUGCUGCAGCAACUUCCCCGGUGGCCUGGACGAGUGCCUCACGCGAAUGGCCAGAAAAGGAGAAGUGAAGGUGGAUGCUGUCAAGAUUAAUCUCUUCCAUUUCGAGGCGGAUCUAGUCGCCAACGGAUGGACGGCUGGCUGCGAGGAAGAGCUUUUUUAUGCUAUCAGCGCAGACCAGACUAACAUCGUGGCCAAUGACAUGCGAUGGCUCAACUUGGACAUGCGACGCUACAAGCGGAAGAUCAAGGCCAAAGAGCAGGCAUUGCAUGAGACCAAAGUCCGUGCAAUCAAGCGUGGCGCCAAGGACCCUCGAGAAAACUUGGCAGAUUUCAAGCGCUUUCUGCGGCAAAAGCAUGGCGGAAGUCUGCUCCGGGCCUGGCGCCAAUCACUGGUAGAAGGUGAUUCCAUGAUGCUCCACAAGGGCCAGUUCUUCAAGGCUUGUGUGAAUCUGAAGUGGCGCACAGAUGUCAAGGGCCUGUGGGAGAUUCUCGACACGGACACGAGUGGAACCAUCGGCAUUGAGGAGCUAGACUUCAAGGCUGCUGAGGAGCUGGCACUCUUCCGUCAGUUUGUCAUGCAGAAGUUCGGAAGUGCCACUCGAACCUUCGCCGCGCUCGACCUGGAUGGAAACAAGAACGUCAGCGAGGUGGAGUUCUUGCAGGCGCUGAAGGAAUUCGGCUACGAGCAACGGGACAAACAUCUUUUCCAUGCGCUGGACAGACACGGCAAGAAGAAGAUCAACCUAGAGGACAUUCUGUUCCUAGACAGCUGGAAGCCCAUGGAGUUCCUGCUUGCCAGCCCUAGUCUCGAGUCGGCCCAGAACUUCAAAAACAGACUCCGUGAGAAGUUCGGGACCUUUCUCCGUGCUUGGAAGAUGGUCUUGGACAUGGAUGGUAGCAACACGUGCACUUGGGAAGAGUUUAGACUUACCUGCAAAAAGAUUGGUUUCAAGCACGACAUUGCUGGAGCCUGGAGAGCGCUUGAUCAGAAAAUGGCAGGAACCAUUAACCUGUCCGACAUCGAUCCAGCUUCCAGCUCCGUACUCCUGGACUUCCGAAACUGGGCGAUGGAGGAGUUUGGCAGCGUACGAUCGAUGUUUUCCGUCUUCGAUGAGGAUGGCUCCAAAUCUCUGUCUCUGAAGGAGUUCAAGAGAGCAUGCCGGAUAUAUGGGUUUCGUGGCAAUCUGAAAGGCCUCUUCAACAUCCUCGACGGUACCGGUACUGGCACGUUGUCAAUAGACGAAGUCGUCUUCUUAGACCGCUGGGCCACGCAGACCGAAGCCGAUAUGGAGAAGGCAGCCGAUUCGAUGUCGCGCUUGCCCAGCAUCAUCAAAACAGGGGACAGCGUCUCAGAGGAGUUGGCGGGUCCUGGCCAAGGUCAAACUGUGGCUAAGGCCCUGGAGGCCGGGAGCUGGAAAGACGGAGACCUCCACCCGGCCUUUCGAACUUGGGCCAACUGCCGGCGACGCCGACCUGUCAAGAAGCAGGAUGGGUCUUUGCCACCCUUGGCAUCGCAGCUGGAUUUCGGCGAUGCAAGGGUCGUCCGAAGACCUGUCCUUCUUAUGGCCUACGUGCCCGAGGAGGUCGCUUGUGAGAUCCAAAGCGCCCGCCUGCCGAAGAUUCAUCGAAAGGCAGGUUUCAGAGCUGAAGGCUUGAGAACUGCCAGAUGA